CAUGGGAGAGAAAAUUAAGACAGUGCAGACGCCGACCACCUCCUCCUCUCUAGCUUCUCCGACGACGCACUCCGGCGAUCGAGCGGCCGGCAAGGAAGAAGAAGAAGAGAGAGCAGGUUGGAGAGGUCGUCCAUGGCGUGGAAGGACAGCUACUUGGACCUCGUGCUGAUCCCGGCGGGGAUCGUGUUCCCGAUCGUCUACCACGUCUGGCUGUGGCACGUCGUCCGCCGCCGCCCGCUCUCCUCCACCGUCGGCAUUAACACCGCCACCCGCCGCCUCUGGGUCUUGGGCAUGAUGAAGGACAACGAGAAGAAGGCGGUGCUGGUGGUGCAGUCGAUGAGGAACGUGAUAAUGGGGUCGACGCUGAUGGCGACGACGGCCAUCCUCUUCUGCACCGGCGUCGCCGCCAUCCUCAGCAGCACGUACACCGUCAAGAAGCCGCUCAGCGACGCCGUGUUCGGCGCCCACGGCGAGUACAUGAUGGCGCUCAAGUACGUCACCCUCCUCCUCGCCUUCCUCCUCUCCUUCCUCUCCCACACCACCGCCAUCUGCACCCUCAACCAGGCCACCUUCCUCCUCAACACCCUCUCUUCCUCCUCCUCCUUCGCCGCCGACAUCGCCGGGCUGCCGGUGACCAAGGACUACGUCGCCGACGUGCUCGAGAGAGGAUUCCUCCUCAACCUCGUCGGAAACCGGCUGUUCUACGCCGGCGUGCCGCUUCUCCUGUGGAUCUUCGGCCCGGUCUUGGCUUGCCUCUGCUCCGUCGUCAUGAUCCCGAUACUGCACAGCAUCGACGUGGUUUACGUCGAUGGGAGCAGCAAGGGCGAGGCCAACGCCAGAGUGGAGAUGGUGUACGAGAGCGAUGAGAGCGUCAUGCAAGUUUGACCAAUUUCGGACACGAGUCGGACUCUAUAACCUGCCUACCCUCACGGAGAAUAUGUGGUGGUGCUCUCGUCUCGUCCUUCAAACUCGAUCUUGAAGAAAAAUGCGGGCAAUUCUUGAUCCAACAGUGACUGCACCUGUGUUGUGUGUGUCAUGUUUGUGGCUUGGAUUGUUUUGAGUAUUCUUAUUCAAGACAUGUUUAGCAUGGCACGGCCGGGAGAGUACUUGGUGCUGUAACAGAGACUCACUGAUCGGUCAACUGUUAACGCACAGCAAUGUACUGGUUACAACUGCUGUAAUCUGUCAGAAUAAGAUGUUCUCCCCCAUUGAUUCACUAUUUGUA